AUGACGAUAGAGGGUCGGAGUUAUACAACCAAACUGACAGUAUCGAAUGGAGGACCUCGGGGAGAGUGGGCCAGUAUUGAGUUUUUUGCUGAAGGGACUUACGCCUAUGGAUAUGACAUGAAAAUUGAACCACAAAUGGGAAUCUGGGAUAGCAGCUCUUUGAAUGCAAUCAAGAUUUUAUGUAAAUCGCAAAAUGGCGGUACUGCUGGGGCUGUGACUUCAGAGCAGUCGCAGUGGGGAGAUUGGCUCGGAACUUCAGGAGACGAUUCAACAGCAAACUUUGUCAGAUUUAAAUGUCGUAGCUUUGAUGGUAAUAGUCAGACCUAUGUAAUUGCAAAAGAUCCAGAAGAAGGGUCCUGGGGUACAUAUGGCUCCUUCAGCGCAGACUGUGGCCCAAAUUCUGCCAUUUGUGGUUUAAGAACAAAAAUAGAGAGUCCACGGGUCUGGGACGACGAUACCGCCCUUAAUGACGUGGACUUCUAUUUCUGCACUUAA